UGGAAAAGUAAGAGGUCUUCUACAGCACAGCCACGAUACUGGCAUAAGCUAAUUUGCAGUACGUUUUUGCUACCAACACAGCGGUUUGGUCUGAAACUACCCCUCCGAUCAGAAAACAUGAAUGCGAAGAUGCGUGUUCUCAUUGGCGUCAGCGUGAUGAUGUUCGUACUCAUCAAAUCGUCUUAUGGAUACGCCGCUUACACACCAUAUGAUCUGUGGGAUCGAUGCUCUCGAAGUCUGACGCUGGACUGCCCGUACAGAUAUAACGGCAGAGCGGGCACAUUCCGGUGUCUGCUGGUUACGCUUUUGGAUCCGGGGCUCUGCCAGCUCAACGUGACACUGCAGACAAACUGUGGGAUCUCGUACAACAAUUACAGCAUUUAUCUUAACAUCCGUAAAUUCGAUGUACCAACGAACGACCGCCUCAGAAUCUACGAAAGUAAUUCGAAUUCGCGUACGCUCCUCAAAGAUUUAACCGGUUACCAACCCGCUUUAUCCAAUCCGGCAUCCGUCGCGCAGACGCGGACGUCGUACGUCAGACAACCGUCAAUUUCCAUCGAAUACUUCCGGAGCACUUCGGACGCUACCAGCCCACAUGAGUUCUUUAUCGACUACGUUAUCCUCGAAGACACAGCUUCGGCGGAUAAUACCUACUGCAGCGCCUUAUCCGGCUAUGUGCACGAUGACUACAUCUGUGAUAAAGACGAUUCAACGGAUCGGGUUAAUUGUCCGAGCUCCUUCACUUUCGACACUGGACGGAAUCCAGCGUAUUCCCGGCAGCUUUGUAACAACACCGAUAACGACGAUCAUCGUGUUUUCGACGAUGGAAUGAGCGCCGGCGUCAUCGCCGGGAUCAGCAUCGGUUGUGCGUUUGCUUUUGCCAUCGUACUCUAUACGAUUACUGUUGCGGUGAGAAAACUCGCGGCGGCUCGGCGCGCGGCUCCAGUGGUCUUGGCUCCCGAAACAAUAACGUCGACCCGACCGGUUGUUGUUGGGACAUACGAGCCGAUGCCGUCUUACGCGGAAGCGGUCGCCACAACUACCACCAACCCGCCUCAGCCACCAGCUAGAUAUUAACUCAGCCUUUUUAGCAGUUUUUUUUUAUUUGAUGUAAUGAUGUCCGUUAAAUACUCCGUUAUUAUCAGAAAUCGGUUCUAACGAAAACCCACCAAUGCUGCUUUACUUAGUAAACAGUAAGUAAACCGGCAGUAAACAGUAGCCUAAUAUUAAACAGUAAAUAAACCCACCGAGCAGAAAUGGAUCUUAAGAAAGAAU